ACGAGAAAACGCGUCGUCUGCUCCGCAUCGUCAUCACCGUCGUCUGCUCCGAGGAGGAGCAGCCUCCGCUGUGAUCAUGUGUCUACCCCGCCAGUGUGCUUCGGCAGUGUGACAGGAGUGAUUGUUUUGGAGUGAUUUAAUGUGGUGCGUUCCCGCGGAGCCGUGGAAUUGUACGGAACACGAGUGCCGGUGGGCGGCCACCUAGAAACGCCGGCGCUUUUUUCUUUUGCCCCAACUUAAACGUGCUCCGACAUGAGGUCCAAUCACAACAGGUGUCGGCCACCCGAGUUCUAUGACCGGGCAUACCUGGGCGGUCGACCACAGCCCAGCCGGCACCCGUCGCACCACCACCACGCACACCACCUGGUGGGCCACCACCACCCGGCCUCCGUGGCCCACUCGCACCACCACCAGGCCUCGGUGGUGCACCAGCACCAGGGAGGACAGGCCAGCUGUUCCUCGAGCGGGGCCUCCGGCUCGAGCAGCGUGCACAGCGCCGCGUACCGACCACAGGCGCCCCUGGUCAAAGGCCCCGUGCCGGGCAGCGCGGCCAGUGCGGCGCGGGCGCGAAGGCGAAGGAUGAAGUGCCUCAUCUCACUAGGACUUAUACUGCCCGCACUCGCUGGAGUCAUCGGUGAGUGAGCGC